AUCUUUCCAAAUACAUAACCACAUUUCUUAUUCCUUAUUAUAGUAUUUACAACUGGAUACAUCUUGAAAUAUGAAAUUGACAAAUUUGUUAAGGAUAAAGUAUUAACAUCUGGCAAUAAUGCAUUGGUCAAAUAUGUUCAUUUUAAGGAAAAAUCAAGAUACCAUAAAAUGACAAAAAAUUACAAGGGCAAAUAGGGUAUUUAACUUGUGUUUACCUCACUAUAAAAGCAACACUCGACAGUAGUAGUAUAGUCUCACAACUAGAACAAGGCUUAGCACAUUUACUUGUCUUCAUUAAUUAUACUUACUUACAACAUUAACUCAAUGAGCUUCCCUGUGGUUGCGACAUCGUUUGGAGUGUCCCAAAGUGGCAGCCAAGCGGGAGAGAAGAAAGGUGGCUACGUCCACUAUGAAGUUGAGCCAGGCUUCACCAUUCGUAUGCGUCACGAUAUUGAUCCUACCACGGACCCUAAGAAACUCAAACGGAUAAUUUCAAACCGUGUGGCGGCUCAGAAGUCAAGGUGGAAGAAGGUUCAAUAUAUUGAUGCUCUAGUGAAGAGAUCCAUGGAGCUCCAAGGACAAGUGAGCAUGUUGCGUUCCGAACUAGCGAUAGCGAGUGAGCACAAGCGACGUCUAGAAAAUGAGCAAAGGCAGCUAAAGGAGUGUAUCUCUGCUCGGGUGCAACAUUGUAUUGACAGCGAUGGUGUCAUUGAGGAGUGUAAAGCGGAGAUUGAGAGGCUGAAGAAGAAUCUGGCUCCACUCUCGAAUCUUUCUUAGUUGAUUUGAAGAAACCCUAUACCAUUUCUUCGAUUCAGUUUAUUCUUGUGUUGUUUUGUUUUUUAAUUCAUGUGUUUCGGUUUACAGAUAAUAUUAUUCUCAAAUGAAUUAAUGUGCAUUUUCUGUCAAA